UCCAUCCGUCACUUGUGAUUUUGCUGCCUUCACUUUGACUUUGCUGUCUUCACUGUGAUUUCACUGUCUUCAGGUCCUACGAUACACCCUCCAAUAUAUUGAAUAUGGACGAGAGCAAAGUAAAGACAGUUUGCGAUCGUGAUUCUGUCUAUAUCUCUUUAAAGGACCAGGCAAACAUCAACGCUGUUUUACAAUGUCCUCGCAGAUCAGUUUCAAAAGAACGAAAAACUCGCAUUCAUUUUGUCGUACAUCACGAGGUGCAUUGUGCUGCUGUUCAAUUAUCCAUUUGUCCAUUUGAUCUUCCAUUUACUCCAAAGCAGAAAUUCUUCCAAUGCUUUUUUCGAUGGACUCGAUGUUGUGAAAGUGCACCGCUGGAGGAUGUUUCUCGCGAGGUUCUUGGAGCUGUAUAACGAAUCUAUUAUUGCUAUUACCAUCCAACUCAAUGGGACUUCUCGAGCGAACAUUGGUAGGUCUCGAUCUUCAUUUCAAUCCUUUUGCUUACACGCUCAGCUGUAUCAACGAUCGCAUUCAACACGCGACUGGAACGACAUGCGCGAAGAAAGCCGAAACAGCUCUUAUCGGCUAGAUACAAUGUGAAGCGAGCUUUGAAGGGGAUUGGGAAGUGAACAACAGCAGCGGCAGACUCAGAAGUGGAAUAAAAAGUCGAAGACUAGAUACGUUCAACGAUGCCAAUCACCGUCGCACCCACAAUCUUAGUGCCAAUGACAAAGAGGACGCUGAAGAACAUUGUGCCACGGCGGUGGAUGAUGAUGAUGCGAGGAUCGUAACGAUGGCGGUGUGAUAAUUGCAGAUGAGCAAUCGAGAGAAGACAAAGCUGUUGCAGCAAUCUUGAAGAAGAUCCAAAGAGGACUCCUUCAAGUGAUUCCUGCUAAGAAUGGAAAGAAUCUUCACACUCAGGGUGGAUGCACUAGUAUGGCCAACAAAGGUCCAGCUGCUUACAACGAAGUAAUUCCACCAGAUUUCUUUGCGCGAGACGAAAAUACACUUCAAGAUAGGUCUUUACUCCUAGAAAACUUUCUCUGGCAACAAUCGAAGAGCUUCUUUCGAAAUGCUCGAGAGAUUUCCUGGAAGUGCUCCUUUCUUGCGGCAUGUCUACGGAGACUCCGCGAUCCCAUAACCUCGGCCGUGGAAAAUGACCCUUUAAAUGUGACUAGUUACCGAUGGCUCAUGGCAGUGCAGAUGAUAAACACGAUUUUUGAUGGACUCUGGUUAGCAUGGGGGCCCAAAGCCGCUCUUAUAUAUGAAGCCCUGGCCGGUAUGUCUGACGCUAUUUUUGGGAAACUCAGUUGACAAGUUCACAGCGAAAAGUUAUAGCCUCAGUCUUAUUGUUGGACUGGGACAGGGCGUCAGAAGUAAAAUCAUACAGCGUGUCAUUAACGCGCUGAAGGAAUCCGUACCUGACCUGCCAUUGGAGGUGCAUGUGUUUCAUCCAGCAGCAUGCGUUAAUAGUGCUUUGAAUAUAGAGUACGUAAUAAACCAGUAUUGCAAGCUACCGCAAACCACCAAACGAAAGUUACAAGAAGACAUGUGUCACUCUGAAUCUAGAAAACUCAUUCCUCAAGGUCAAUUCCCUACAGCGCUUGCAGAGUCAUACAACAUUGUCAUUGCCUUCGCUUCAGUGGGACCGAUACCUAGCCACCUUGCAAGCUGACCCUGCGACAAGCUCUCCAGAAUGCAGCAGAGUGAAUGUAUACAGUGCUUCUGUGGACGAGCCUACUGCUGUCGCUGCUAGUGGGGUUCAAAGCAGUGUUGGGCUUCCAGUACAAACUCUUUCAGACAGAAAUUCGCUUGGAGGUGCGGUAAAUUGGGAAUCCCCCCUAUUAAUCCAAUUUUGCCCGAGCUCGGGAGUGGGGGAUGGGAUUACGUACUUGAUUUUGAUCCAGAAAAUUAUAAUGGAUGGGAGAUCUACUACGGAUAAGAUAUGUAGAUCAAUUAUUGAAUGCACAAACCUCAAAAUGAUAACACCAAGAAUAUACAGU